UGGAUUGAGUGAAAAAUUGUGUCGAGUGAAAUCUAACGGGUGGAAAUGGACUAUAGAGAAAGAUGGGAUGUGAAAAGAUAGCCAUACUUGACACUGUUCAGAUAGACUAGAGGCAGACUUCAUGGUAACAAUUACAGGAACGUAAAGAACAGAAGACAAUGUGGAGUGUAACUAUGAUGUUGGCGCAGUGGUGUAUGAUUUCUAUGUUUGCACCUGGUGAAUGUAACCAAUUUCCAGUGACAAACAGACAGAGAAGAUCUCUCUUAAGUCUCCAUGACGUGCAGCUAACACUGGAUCAAACACCAGGAAAUGAUUCCAAACUGACUCUAUCUGUCAAACCAGGCGUUGAUCACGUGACCGCUAUUUGGACAUGUGAGUACAACCUAACCCAGUUCACAGGAUUUGCCGUCACCUACAGCAAUGAGAAAAAUGAGCAUUAUGAUUCCCCAGUACUAGAGAAAACUUCCAGGGAGUUUGACCUCCCAUCACUAGACAGAGACAUGACCUAUACAAUAUGUGUAUAUGUUGUAGGUAACACAAGUGUGCUCUCACAUGCUUGUACCAACUACAAUCAAGAUUCCAUGAAAAUCGUAGUUGGUAUCAUGGCUGGGGUAGUCUUCCUUAUACCUUGCGUCCUAGCUUUAAUUUGGUUGUUAAGAAAAGAUAAGAAGAUGAUGUUUGCCUAUGAUAAACUGCUUACAUCAAGUCAAACACAGCCACUGGCCAUAGAUAUCAAAAUAUCACAGGACACAUUAGACUCAACGAUAGGUGUCACUAAUGAAACUACCAGCUGCAGCAAUCAGGGCUAUGUCAACACUUUGUGUGCUGAGGAAAACAGUUCUAGGCUACAGUCCUGUGGACAGUUUGGUUUGAAUGCAAUCAAUCCAAAUAAUUUCAUUCCAAACUCAGAUUAUAUUAGUCCUCAAGGAGCGACUUCUAAUCUAGACAGGCAGCUUAAAAAUACCCAUUUAUCAUCAACAGAUACGGUAGUACUAAGCAUUACUCAGUUAUCAGUCAUGGCUAGUCAGAGCGUAUUGCCACAACCAACAGACGACGUGUUCAAUUCAGGCAAAGCCCCGGAUCUACCACUAGAGAUACAAUUACGGAACUCCACUCACAUGUAAUUAGGGCUCGCCUUAUGCCACUGCAACCAAUGCGGCCGCAGUGGGCCCCACACUUUCAUAGGCCCCGCGCUAAUUCUUGGUGUAAAUCCUGAAAUUGCAAAAUAUAUGAAAAAGUCCUGGAAAUCUGAAAACUCAUACAAAUAUCCUGAAACCUCAUAAAAUCUCCUGAAAAAUAGACAAACGUUUCAAUUCUUCACUGGCACCAAGACUUAGACUAAAUAGACUAAUUUAAAAAGCAUCAUAUAUCACUCAUAUACAGCUACCAUCUCUUGAAGAGCUUUUUCAUGAAAGAUGCAUUUCCAAAACACUCACGAUUCUUAAAGACAACCUGCACCCAUUAAACCACUGUUACAUAAGAUCUGAACGAAGUGGUCGUCUCCUUUCCAUUACGACUAAAACAGAAAGAUUUAAAAACUCCUUUAUCCCACUUUCGGUCAGAGUGUUACAAGGUCAUCUGUCGUCAUCGAGAAGUUCAUAGAAGUCAAACUCAUAAAGCUCUGGUUGUGUAUGUGUUUCGUGUGUGAAUGGUGUUCGAAGUUUUCAUCUAUAUUGUUAUUGUACAGUAGUUACGCUGAGGUUGUCAAUUGUAGUCAAACUGAAUUUCCAUUUGAUUAUAUCAAUAAAAAUUAUUUUAAUUUGUGAGGUGUCAUUCUUUAUGAAAAACGCCAAUUCUACGAGCGAUAAAAAAAUUAUAAUUACAAUCUGGUGAAUGGUGGUACAGACAUGUUCAAAAUAUGCCAUAAUGCGUUAACCUUUUUAGAACUAUACAAAGCGUGUACACUAUAUUUUCUGCUGAUACAAAAAGAUAGUCAUAACACCGAAAGCAGGUUUCCAAUCUGUCUGUAAGACUUCUAUGCGAAUUAAGGUGGGAAUGUAGAAUAGAUAGUGUCAAAGCACUUUGCUAUCAAUUGCCUGAAAUAUGCGACGCACUCGAUGAAUUAGCUGAAGAGACUAAUGAUGCGAUAAUUUAAAAUGAAUCAGAAACACUGUAUGAAACAUUGAAGCAGUACAAAUUCUUAGAGUCACUUGUGUUAUGGUACGACGUGCUCUUCCAAGUCAAUUUUGUGAGUUAAGAACUGCAAGGUGAAACAGUAGAUCUGAGCACUGCAAGGGACUCGUACAACAAUUUGAUGACUUGGCUAAGGAAACUGAGAGUUGAUGGGUUUGUUCAGAUUCUUGAGACAGCAAAGGAGUUGGCUAAGCACAAGGAAGUUGUUGCAAUCUUUCCAGUCAAAUGUCAAAGAAAAAAGCAGUAUGAUAAAUCUGUGAAAAACUCAUCUGGAAAUGAUGAAGAUGACUACAGAAUAAAUUGCUUCUACAGAAUUGUGGACACUGCAAUUUGAUCCUUGCAGCCGAGAUUUGAACAGCUGAAAUUAGCGAGAAUUAGAAGAUGAAUCUGCCAUCUGGAAUCUGUGUCAUAUUCUACAAAAUACUACCAAAACACCCGCAAUAAAUUUAAGCUUUUCUGUCCACUUAUUAAAGAUACUGCUUUUACUGCACUCAGAAUAUUUGUAACAAUACCCGUAUCUGUGACAUCCGGUGAAAGAAGCUUCUCGUGCCUCAAACGAAUAAAGAAUUACAUGAGGUCAAAAAUGCACAAACAAUUCUUGCAACUGAGAGUGAUCUAUGUAGAAACAGAAUUUCGAUGAAAUACUGUAUGACUUCGCUACAUGUAACGCUCGUAAAGUAAAGUAAAUUUGAUCGUGAUUUUUUACUUAGUAAAGAAUGAAUAAAAUGCAAAGACGAAUUUAUUUUCUAAUACAAAAUCUUAAUUUUCACUUUUAUCCGUAUCCCUACCCAGACUGGACCCCGCUCAAUCCGUUUAGCUCAAGGCCCCGCAAUUGUAAGGGCCGGCCCUGCAUGAAAUGACAACAAAACAUAAGUUUACUAUUAUUUGUAUAAUGCAAAAAGAUUAGAUUAUUUGUAUAAUGCCACAAUGAUCAUUACAUUAUUUGCAUAAUGCAUCAAUGACCAUUAUAUUGAUUGUAUACAGAUGCUUGUGUGUUCUCACUGAGUGAAUUCUUUAUGUUGUGUCUUGUUCUAUUUAUGUGAGAAAAGAGUCCUUGUCAUCACAACACAUUUCCACAAGGAUUAAUAAAGCUUCGUCUUAGUCUUACAGUCUCAAUUUCCAUUAUAUUAUUUGUAUAAUGCCUCAAGGACCAUUUAUUAUUUGUAUAAUGCCUCAAUGACCAUUUAUUAUUUGUAUAAUGCCUCAAUGACCAUUUAUUAUUUGUAUAAUGCCUCAAUGACCAUUUAUUAUUUGUAUAAUGCCUCAAUGACCAUUAGAUUAUUUGUAUAAUGCCUCAAUGACCAUUUAUUAUUUGUAUAAUGCCUCAAUGACCAUUAGAUUAUUUGUAUAAUGCCUCAAUGACCAUUAUAUUAUUUGUAUAAUGCCUCAAGGACCAUUAUAUUAUUUGUAUAAUGCCUCAAUGACCAUUAUAUUAUUUGUAUAAUGCCUCAAUGACCAUUAGAUUAGUAGUACAAUAAUACACCAAUGAACAUUUAUUAUUUGUAUAAUGCCUCAUUGACCAUUAGAUUAGUAGUACAAUAAUGCACCAAUUAACAUUAUAUUACUUGUCUAAAAACUAAAUGACCAUUACAUUAUUUGUAUAAUGAAUCAUACACUUUUACAAAAUGCUACCAAGCUUGCUAAUGUAUUAGACAGUGUAAAUAACAAAAUGUGUAAAUAAAAGCUAGCAAAAUAUGAAAAUAUUUUUUUAAAAAGCUUAUCUAAAGGGAAGAACCCAAGGCUAUAUCUCUCAAUAAUGUACGACUUAUUUUCCUUUUUUGAUAUCAAAUAAAAUAAUUUAUUACUAAUAAACAAUUGA